AUGCGGUAUGAAGACUGGGACAUCCUCCUCUUUCCUCGGGGCUGCUCGGUCCCCAUGAAAGAGUUCAAGGUGGCCUGCCACGUUGUUCACGAUCUCGAGUUCUCUCAAACUCACGGCUCUUUUGGCGUCCCGACGCUCUGCUGUUUUGUUCCUAGUCUGGCACCUGGCACACCAUUCCAGAUCUCUAUUCAUUCGUGGACCAUCCCAGCAAUCAGCCAAUUUGCGAAGUCGUACUCGGAAUACCCUGAGAGUGUCAAAUUUGAAGCCAGGCUCUUCGUCGACGGCCGUCUCGUUGCGUCCACGGCCCUCGAUCGGAAGAGCGAUUGGCCACAUGUCAUCGCUCACAGCUUCGAUUUUUCCAAGAACGGCGAACUGCAGACUCUUAAAUUCCCCGUCUUUCAACAGGAACUCCUCCAACAGAACUACUGGAGUCCUGCCGAUGACCUCGGCAGAAUCAAGCUUGUCAUCAGCGAAGGGUUCCCGCGCGACUCUUUGUCCUUGCCCAUCGAGCGGGUCAAGAACAUCGUUGCCUUUUCUUUCCAGCAUGCCCCCCUAGAUGUUCUUGAGAGCUCAUCUAUUGCUUGGCCAAAUCCCGCCAUGUGGGGUCGAGCUCCAUUCACUGCCUCCACGGUUCCUACCUACCCAUCAGAUGACGCCAAGUCCCACGCACACUCCCCGAGACGCCGACCUCCUGGAUUAGAAGGACUCCCAGCAGCGAAUGCUAUGCCCAUGAUCCAGGGAAUCAUGUCCGAGAUUUCUGCCAACUGUGGGUCCAGAACUCCAGGCCCGCCUGCCUAUCCCCUGGAGGAGUCUCACAAUUUGGGAGGCCCCAGUCUAUUCGAAGACUCCAAUGCCUACUUUGAGUGGCUUGCGAGCGCAAACAUGGGCAUGAACGACAUCGCUCCCCCAUUCAUCCCCACUACUUCGAAGUCUCGCAGGUCCAGAAAGACCAGCACCGACAUCAGCAUGCCGGAUUACACCUCCACCCACGGGGGCCAAACAUCCACUUCUGGGGACGCACCAUUCACAGUGGCAUCCUUUCAGCCUGAGGAUGACGUUAACUCUAGUCCGAAGGUCCCAUCUAAUACACCAACUGAAGGAAGGGGGGUGUAUGAAUCAGAGGGGGUCCCUUUCCCAAUCAUCACACACGAUGGUGGUAUUCCCACUGAUCUAGCCAACUCGUUGACAAACUCACUGCUUAAUCAGACGACUCCCUACCAGCGCCAGACUCCAAACAUGCACACUCCAAUUGCUGAGCCCCGAUCUCGCAAGGAAACCCGUACGCGCAGACUCACUCCAUCGACGCUUCCUUUGAGCUCGACUACUGCGCAGAACCAUCAAGAACGACGUUGGUCUCAACAGUCGUAUAUUCCAUCCAGUGGUAUCAUCCCGAUCUCUCUGGCUGGGUCGCAGACGAAGAGUCCCAAAAAUCUGACUUACUCCGACGUCAACCAGCGAACUCCCUCGAUGAGCAAGUUCGGAGCUAAUCUGGCCAAUUUGUCAGGUCAAGAGAAUAUCAUGGAGGUUGCACACGGCCCUUCUGAUAAGGGAAACAAGCGGGUUCGACACUUUACCCCAGGAUCUGCAAAGACUAUUGAAGAGGAUGAUGAACCCCGGCGCGCCAGCCCUCGUAUCAGGCUCACACCAUUUGCGGAGGGCAGUCCCACAGCCCGUUAAGGCCAAUCAAGAGCUUGGGGGAGGUUAUUUCGGAUUCAAGCAUCAGUAUUAAUUGCGGAAGAGUGUGGAUAAUGUCGGAUGGUGUACUACUGUAUUUUUUGGUGUCGAUUCACUCGUCUUAUCCAUCAUUUCAUGUCCAUCCUUAGACACCUGGCGCAGGAGGGGCAAAGGCUAGAAAACGAC